AUGAAGAGGGAGAAUGAGACCAGAGUUUUUGAGUUCCUCCUGAUGGGUCUCCCUGUACCACCAGAUGAUCAGGAUUUGUUCUUGAUGCUCUUCUUGGUCUUGUACCUCACCACAGUGCUGGGGAACCUGCUCAUCAUCCUGCUCAUCAAGAUAGACUCUCGUCUCCACACCCCUAUGUACUUCUUCCUCAGUUUCUUGGCUUUCAAUGACGUGUCUUUAUCAUCUGUCACAGUUCCCAAGAUGUUGAUGGACAUGAAGAGUAAUCACAAAUCCAUCCCCUAUUCAGGGUGUGUUUGUCAGGUAUAUUUUUUAGUAUUUUUUGCUUGUACUGACAAUUUCAUUCUUGCAGUGAUGGCCUAUGACAGGUAUGUAGCCAUCUGUCAGCCACUCCACUAUACCAUGAUCAUGAGGCAGGAACGAUGUAUCUCAUUUGUAGCUUGGUCCUGGCUCUUCAGUUUUUCACAUUCACUGAUGCACACCCUGCUCUUGAUCCAAGUGUCCUUCUGUGAUGAUAUUACCAUCCCUCAUUUCUUCUGUGAACUCUCUGCAUUGCUAGAGAUAAGCUGUUCAGACACUUCACUCAAUAAUCUGGUCAUACUAAUAGAAGGAGGAAUGGGUUUAUGUAUUCCAUUUGUUUGUAUCCUGGGAUCUUAUAUCUGCAUAUGGGCCACUGUCUUAAAAAAUCCUUCUGCUAAGAAAUUCUUCAAAGUCCUUUCUACCUGUGGUUCCCAUCUCCUUGUUGUAGCUUUGUUCUAUGGGACCAUUGCAGAAGUGUACUUUUUCUCUUCACCGUCCAUGUCUGAUAUGAAAAAAAUAGCUGCUUCUGUGAUGUAUAUGAUAGUCACCCCCAUGCUGAACCCUUUCAUCUAUAGUCUGAGAAACAGAGAUAUAAAACAAGCACUAAAGUUGUUUGCUAAUAAGAUGAUGUUCUUUAAGUCUGAAUAA